CAAAGUUUGUCUCGGAGUGUUGGAUUUUCAAAUGGAGAAGCUUUUACAAGUUAUCACACUUCCUGCUGAGCCUGUUGAUUUUUCUUAUGGGGGGAAUCUCUAUGGAAUCACAACUACAGCUUCCAUUACUUGGAUCAAGAAGGGAACCUCUCUUGCAACAUUCAUACAAACUCUGCUCUCAUAUACAGAAGACUACUGAGCACCUUCUGGAUAUCUUAAGAAUUCUGACAGAGAGAUUUCUACCUCACAUAAAACUUUCAGAAUUGGAGAAAGUUUUUUUCUCCAAAAUAUUCCCUAAGACCAUAGAAUUAUUUGACCAUUUAUUAUAUGAAAUAUCCGCUGAAGCCAAAAGUUUGACAAACAAGAAUGUACAGUUAAAUAUGACAUUGAGAAACCAUCUUCAGGCCCUCAUACAUAUGUUAGAAGUAUUAACAGAUUGUGUACAACACAUCUGUAGUAGACAGGAGAUGGUACCCUUAGAACAUGUCUAUUGCCUUCCCUCUUCUGUUCUUCAUGUAAUCAAGAACACAUUUCUACACUGCAAGAGCAGUGAAUCUUUAUAUGCAGAGUGUCUCCACGUGGUUUCUGAUUUACUACAGUCUUUGUUUAAGGGGACCUAUGGUUUGCAAAAACAGUUUAUGAUGCUAAUGGAUAUUUUGUCUAUAAAUUCCUGUGCUACUGAAGACAGCAUAAGAAUUAUGGCAUCAGUGAUUCACACUAUGCUGGAGAUCUGUUCUGCUAUUUCCAGCAUAGAUCAUGCACUUCAUGCAAACACAUGGAAGUUUAUAAUCAGGCAGAUUCUCAAGCACAAAUCCUUAAUAAAGGACAGUUUGAAACAUUCAGAUAUCUUUAGUGGACUUUGUGAGGACAUCUUGUUUUCUUUCCAAUCUUGCUUGCAGCUGGCUGAACACAUGAAACUGUCUGGAACGCAGGAGAUUAUUGAUUACAAGGUAUUCCAGAGAACGAUAAAACUGUGUAGAUUCUUUGCCAAUUCUCUAAUGCAUUACAUCAAGGAGUUCACUUCAUUCCUAGUAGAUUCUUGCUAUCAGCUUCACCAGACAUAUCUGCAAAUAUACAGUAAGUUUCCACCAAGUCUUCAUGGUCUGGUGAUUUCCGAGGCUCAUCAGGAUGAAAUAGCCAGGGGAUUCCUAAUGUCACUGGAUUCUCUCCUCCUGCCGUUACUUUCCUUUAGGCCUUUUGUAGAAGUCGUGUUAAGUAAAACUUUAGCUCUCUCUCCUGAGCUGCAUUUUCCACAGUGUCAGCUUCUUCUUUCUCUAAUGGAGAUGUUACCAUCCCAGCCCCAGGAUGUGCAGGCCCUGUGGAACAGAGGAAGUCAGCUCCCAGAAGAGAUUCCCAGGUUGCCCUUGUUUGCAGCCUUAUUGCUUAGUCUUCAGCAGUGCCCUAGUGAGCUCUCCCUUCCUGUCUUCUUGCAAAGAGCAACAGAGACAGAACAAGCUGAGGGCCCUCUCACCUUUUACCACUAUGUUUGCAUCCACUUGUGUACCUUUAUAACUUCCCUCUCAGUUUCACAUUUCCAUUUACUGGAAUCUUUCCUGCUGGAAACUCUAUUAGGUCCAAAUAUGAUCAUGGCUCUCCUAGCUAUGGAUGUCUGGUGCUUCCUUGCCCGGUAUGGAACAGAAGACCUAUGUGCACACCAUGCAUUUAUAAUAGCACACGUGGUAAAAGCUUGUCCUGCUGAAUGUUAUCAAGUCUCUUUCCUAGGGGUGCUAUUACGACGUUUGCUCUUUCUGAUGGCCCCAGAUCACCAGAUAAAAUUCACCCAAAAGUUUCUUCCAAAAGAUUCUGAGAACUUACUACUGUGGCAACACCUUUCUCUCCAGGCUCUGUUACCAUUACAUAGACAUCAGGUUGCUCAUGAACUUUUUGUGGCAGGACUUGUGCGAUGUCAGGAGUGGCUGAAUAGUGAAAAGUCAUUGAAUGAACUUCCACAAAUAAACAUGGCUCUCUCAGCCUUGCUGUCUAUGUGCCAGAGUGCUAGGGAGACCCUGAAGGAGGAAGAGCAAGCAGCACUGAUGGGAGCUCUUGGCCAGAUUGCAGUCCAUCUGUCAGCUACACAGAUAUCCAGUCUAGCCUGUUUCCAGCAGACGUUUUGCUUGACACUUCAGCUUCUCCAGCUGUUCAUUGAAAGAUUAGAACCACAGUUGCUAAUUCAGAUACUUUCACUACAAACUUCCCUUUUGCAAUUGAAUUCCCCUGAUCAUGUUGUGAUUGCAGUGUUAGAUUUUCUUUCUUCAGUGGGAAGACCUAUUAUUCCUCCAGAUUUCCAGGUUCAAUUUCUGUCCAGUUUGUCCUGUUUGUUUGGUUCUUUACUGGCUAACAAUAGCUGGCUAAUACAACAGCAUGCCAUAGAAUCAUUCACUCAAUUUGCAGAGGGAACAAGCCAUGAACCAAUACUUCAGAAAUGUUUGAACUCUGUUGAAAUCAAAACCAAAGUUGUUGACUUUCUCUCCAAGAGCAAUCAUAUUGAGGAGACACCAAAAGCAAAAGCAGAUCGAAUGAAAGAAGAAAAUGCUCUUUUUAUGCACUUCUUCCUGGAGGCCAGAGCUGAUGGGCAAAGAGCUCUUAUUGAAGAGCCGUCCCCCAAGAGAAUUUGCUAUUCACCCACUGAGGUGCAGUACAAGUCAGCAGUUGACAAUGCUGAAAGGGCACUGGAGACCAUGAAGCAAUUGUUACAGAAAGGCCCACCUCCCACUUGGUUUGCAAAGAAACUGGAAGCAUUACAGGCGACGUUGCACAGCUUAAAGAAUAGUAUACAUUGAUCUGACUGGAUCUGGAUGAUUUUAGUAUCGUACUGUAAACUGUAGUUCCACAUUUAGGGCUUGAACACAAAACAGGCAGAACUAGUAGUAAUUCUGAAUCUAGAAAGCUGUAUGUUAAUUUUAUGUUUAUAAUUUGUUACAGCUUUCUGGUUGAAAAAUAUUGCAACUGAGUGAAAAUAAUGAUUUUAAAAAUUGCAUGUGUGUUAAUUUAUGCCCUUUCUUUAGUUUGUUUAUAUUAUCUUUACUACCAAAACGUAAGAAUUACAAAUAUACUCAACAAUCCCCUUCAGGACAUUUUACCUGGGAAAUAAACUGUCUAGUAUAAGAAUUUAA